AUGGACACUUCUCAAAUGUGCAACCUGCUCCCUAUUUUCCUGCUCCACAUCACUCUCUUUGGGCCUGCUCAAGGUUCUCAGUUCAUCGUCUCUCUGCCACAGCAACUGCACACUAGUACAGGAAUCCACUGGCUCCAGCUCCUCUUCAAAGCCAAGACUAAAGGUGGCUGCCUGGAAGAGACCUCCACUGCUUCUGACUGGCAGGUCAUCUGGAAUGCUGAUUGGCUAAAGGCAGUGACCUAUGAUGAUGUGCAUAUCAACUUCACUGAGGAAGAGUGGAAUUUGCUGGAUCCUUCCCAGAAGAAUCUCUACAAAGAUGUGAUGCUGGAGACCUACAGGAACCUCACUACUAUAGGAUACAUUUGGGAAGAACAUAAUAGUAAAGAACAUUGUCAAUGUUCUAGAAGACAUGAAAGGAUUGAAAGAAGUAAUUCUGGAAGGAAACUUUCAGUACAUCCUCAAUGUGUUAAAGCCUUGGCAUAUGACAGUCAACUUCAGAGGAAUAAAAGAACACACGAUAGUAAGAAAGCCUAUGAAUCUAAUCUGUGUAAUAAAGUCUUUGUUCAUCACAAUGCUCUUCAAAUGGACAAAAGGACACAUACUGAAGAGAAACCCUGUGAAUGUAAUCAAUGUGGUAAAGCCUUUGCACAGCCCUGUAAUAUUCGAUUGCAUAAAAUAACACAUACUGGAGAGAAACCCUAUGCAUGUAAUCAGUGUGGAAAGGCCUUUGGAGGGCCCCAUACCCUUCAAUUGCAUAAAAGAACAAAUAUUGGAGAGAAACCCUAUGAAUGUAAUCAGUGUGGUAAGGCCUUUGCUCACCACAGUGCUCUUCAAAGGCAUAAAAGAUCCCAUAUUGGAGAGAAACCCUAUGAAUGUAAUCAGUGUGGUAAGGCCUUUGCUGAAAACAGUCAUCUUCAAAAUCAUAAAAGAACACAUACUGGAGAGAAACCUUAUGCAUGUACUCAUUGUGGUAAGGCCUUUGCAUAUCACAGCAAUCUUCAAUCGCAUAAAAGAACACACACUGGAGAGAAACCCUAUGAAUGUAAUCAGUGUGGUAAGGCCUUUGCUCAACACAGUGGUCUUCAAAUGCAUGAAAGAACUCAUAGUGGAGAGAAACCCUAUGAAUGUAAUCAGUGUGGUAAGGCCUUUGCUCAACACAGUGCUCUUCAAAGUCAUAAAAGAUCACAUACUGGAGAGAAACCCUAUGAAUGUAAUCAGUGUGGUAAGUCCUUUGCUCAACACUGUCAUCUUCAAAGGCAUGAAAGAUCCCAUACUGGAGAGAAGCCCUAUGAAUGUAAAGAGUGUGGUAAGGCCUUUUCUCAACACAGAAAUCUUCAAAUGCAUAAAAGAUCCCAUACUGGAGAGAAACCCUAUGAAUGUAAUCAAUGUGGUAAGGCCUUUGUUCAACACAGUGCUCUUCAAAGGCAUCAAAGAACACACACGGGUGCGAAACAGUAUGCGUGA